AUGGACCCCUCCGGACCUCGUGGGGGUGUUCCGCACUCUCAGUUCAUCGGUCACAAGUCAAACAACACCACAACAGAACGUGUCCCGCAGCCUGAGACGACAGAACCCGUUUCGCAGCCGGAUCUGGUCGACUCUUUGAAUUGUUUGUCACUGGAAAAUCCCACUGCGCCGUCAGCGACAUCUACUUUUACCCCCAUCCAUCAUCAUGCAUCAUACCCCCACUCUCACGUCGCCCUCAACGCGAGCGCGCCCGCCUCCCAAUCUCCACCAAGUGGUCAACGUGUCGAGAACAUCUACGUCGCGCCUGGGCUUCAAAAGCGCAUUUCAGAUACCUCAUUACGAUCGGUGUCGCAGUCAACGGCGCCCGUAAGCAACGCUCCCCAGAUCCCCGUCCCGAGACGAGCUCCGAGCUCCGCCUCUCUUCGCGACGAGCGGCGCAAGUCUAUCCCUGCGCUGCAGAAACGCCAGUCAACUGCCUCACUUCGAUCCACGGAGCUGACAUCUCCCGGUCCUGGCUCUGGGUCAUCGCGCCGUUCCUCGGCGCAUUUGAAUCGGUCUCCGACCCCUUCACUGUCGCCUGCCAUGGCCCCGCGCAUGUACCAUGAUAUGCAACCACCGACAGCAUCCUCCGUCGCCGCGGAGUAUUUUCGCAAAGAAAUGGAUCUGCACCAGGGAGUCGAUCUCAAGUCGACAACCGCGGUCAUUCUGCACGACGCGUGUUAUGGGCAUCGAUUCUCGCGACCUCGUGCAUCAAAAGCGGUCCUCGCCUCGAUCGUAGAGCGACCUGAACGUAUUCAGGCCUGUGUACUGGGAGUAUCGGCGGCCUAUGUCCGCAUGGGUCGAAGAUACCGGGGUGAGCAGUUUGCCCCACGACCGGAUCUCGAUGUGCAUUUGCUACCGCCACCGCCGUUUCAGAUCCGCAAGACGUCGCGCUCGCUGCCACUGCAUGACGAAGCCGUCACGCAUGUGCAUGGUCAGAGGUGGAUGUCGGAUUUGACGGGUAUGUGCGAUAAGGCGGAAUCCCGUUUGGCCUUGGGCCGCAAGGAACUCGCCCGACCAUCAUCGAGUGAAGGCCGUGAACGCGGCUCUUCUGAAGCAGAUGAGCUUCAUCCAGGAGAUCUGUACCUCUGUUCCGAAUCUCUGAACGCCUUUCAAGGCGCACUGGGUGGAGUCUGCGAUGGCGUGGACGCCGUCUUUGACCACAGCUCAACUACGCGAGCUUUUGUCUGCAUCCGUCCUCCCGGUCACCACUGCUCGGCUGAUUUCCCCUCUGGGUUCUGCUGGGUGAAUAAUGUAUUGGUGGGUAUCUCAUAUGCCGCAAUGUACCAUGGGUUGACUCAUGCGGCCAUCUUGGAUUUCGACCUUCAUCACGGGGACGGGUCUCAGGACAUUGUAUGGAAUCAUAACCACAAGGCGUCAAAGGCUCCGCGGAAUGCGCCCGCGUACAAGAAGACGGCGAUUGGUUAUUACAGUCUUCAUGACAUCAACUCCUACCCUUGCGAAGAGGGUGACCCUCAAAAGGUGCGCAACGCGAGUGUCUGCGUUGAUAAUGCGCAUGGCCAAUCCAUCUGGAACGUCCACCUGGAGACGUGGGAGACGGAGUCUCAGUUUUGGGAACUCUAUUACACAAAAUACAUCAUCCUGAUUGACAAGGCGCGCCAAUUUCUGCGAGCUCACGCCAAGCGGCUCAAUUCCGGGUCGGUGUCGUCGCCCAGAGCCGCCAUUUUCAUCUCUGCGGGCUUCGAUGCGAGCGAGUGGGAAGGUGCCGGCAUGCAGCGCCACAGGGUGAACGUGCCAACUGAGUUUUACGCACGAUUUACUGCAGAUGUCGUGCGUAUGUCCCAGGAAGAAGGUCUCGGCGUGGACGGCCGUGUGAUCAGUGUAUUGGAGGGUGGCUACAGUGACCGUGCUCUCACGAGUGGUGUCCUUAGUCACAUCGCCGGACUGGCGGACGCAAGCCCUGACUUGGAAGGUUCAACCCAUGCAAAGGACGGAUAUGAGCGCCAGUGGUGGUCGCCAGACUACCUCUCUGAGCUCGAGGGCUCAGCUCCCCCUCAAAUCAAGCGGGAGAAAGCAACACCCACUUUUCUCUCGUCGACCAAGUCAUUCGAUGCGAAAGUCCAUCCAACAGCCCGAGACCGCAGGUCUAUAGGCUCUCACACCGGCGGCCAUCAAGUGGCUUUUCCCAUUCCAGAAGUAGACUGGACGACCGCGGCACAAGAGCUUGCCAAGGUAUUGAUCCCGACUGAAAGCCAGCAAACGAGAAGUUACCAGCCUGAGGAACUCAAUGCCGAGGCAUCUCGUCAACGUCGCGACCGCCAGCUAGCCUUAGAUGGCGUGGAAGUGGUACAUGGUCCCCCGGCACCUAGUCGUGGCCCAGCUGUUCCCCACUCCACGGACGAAAAGCGACAGCUGCGUACACGGAAGACUAAAUCUCCCACCCCGUCGACUUCCCGACCAGCGACGCCUCGCCGUCAGGCUUUGCGAAAGAAUCGCCGUACCACGAUCGAUGGAAAUGGCUUGCCUGAACCCCCAGUUGAGGUUUCCCCAACCGUGAAUGCCGGGCGCAGGAAAAGUACGUCCACUGCCGGUGGAUCAGUUGAGCCUAUGAGUAUGGAUGACUUGGUCGCCGAUCUUGAUAGCCAGUCCAGUGCCGCAGACAUCACUAUCCCAGCAGUGCCCGUCAAAGCCACUGGCGCACGCAAGGCCAAUGGGGGUCCUCGAGGGGCGAAUACGCCUAAGCGCAUGGCAAGCCCCAAAAAGGCUCCUCCGGUACCCAAGCUACCGGCAAAUUACCAGCCGUCAAAGCUUGCUGGUCAACCGGCGCCGGCAGUAUCGCAGGAUCACCAUGAUGAAAACCUCUCCACUGGUGUCCAACGUAUCAAGCUCGUUGUGCCUUCUCCGGAGGAACAAGCCGAGCGAGUGAAGAAAGUUGCCGAGCAUGGUAAAACGCCUCCGCCAAAAUCUUCCAAGACUUCCACUCGUUCUCCGCGUAAGGGCGGAGGAAACAAGACAUCUAGUGGGAAAUCCUCAGGCCGAAGAUCCAUGGGCAAGUCCCAACUCGCCUCAACAGGAGUGGAAGCGCACCCCCCUCUCCCUCUUGCCGCGUCUGAUACUGCUACUGCUACUGCUACUGCUACUGCUACUGCUACUGCGACCGCUGCCGCUGCCGCUGAAGCAGGCCCUGAGGCGAAGCAAGACGAUCAUGCCAGGCUGUACCCUGCAACCCCUCCCGUGGAGUCCAUGGAGACUCGCACGACGCCCAAUCCCUCGAGCUUCCCACUCGAAGAAGCUCACCAGAACCCCGCCGUAUCAUACCGCUCUGCUUGGAACCCUCAAGCCAACACGCCACCUCUGCCUCAAACCGCACAGGUUUCAUUGGGUCCCAGCGCCAACACCUUCACGUCUCCAACGACUACAUCUGGGACGACCAAGCACGGUCUGCCGGUAUUCAUAUCGAGCAGUCAUAUCCCUUUUGCUCCGUCUGGAAAUCGGAGUCAGGAGAGCUAG